ACCGGUAGAGCUUAUUCAGUCAGCCAUUGAUAAUACAGUUUUCUCAUCUCUUUCUUGUUUUUUAACAGCCAAAAUAUUCUAAAUGGUACUGUACACAGCAUUUUUCAACCGCUUAACGGCGAUCUACGCGCCGCCUCCGGUGACUAAAUCAUUCAUAAACACCAACACUGUAAUUAACCUCAAAUUCAAGAAGACGACGAGAAAUUUUGAAAGCAAAAUUCACAGUUCGCAGCAGCAGAUAAAAUCAAGCGACAGCAUUCAGUAUAGCAGUCUUAAAUUACUAGAAUGGGAUAAGCUUUGUGAUUUAGUCUCUUCUUUUGCCGCCACCUCCUUAGCUCGCCGAGCCAUUCAGGUGCAAUUGUGGUCUUUGAAUAGGAAUUAUGAGGAGAGUUUAUUACUUAUGAAAGAAACUAAUGCUGCUAUUGAAAUGCAUAAGCAUGGUUCUUGCCGCUUGGAUUUUACUGGGAUUGACCUGGUUAUGGUGGAAUCGGGUAUUGAUAAUGCGCGGAGGGGUUUCCCGAUUAGUGCAAAUGAAGCUAUUGCUGUUGUGAGUUUGUUGGAGUAUGCAGAUGUUUUGCAGCUUAAUCUUAAAGCUGCAAUUAAGGAAGGUGCUGAUUGGUAUAAUCGUUUUAUGCCUCUUUCUGAAAUGAUAACGGAACUGGUUACUAAUCGACCCUUAGUUAGAAUGAUACAACAAGUUAUAGAUGGAGAUGGUUCUGUUAAAGACUCUGCUAGUUCUGCCUUGAAACAAUCACGUGAUCAAGUUCGCAGACUUGAGAAAAAGCUAUAUCAGUUAAUGGACAGUCUAAUUAAGAAAGACAUGGAAGAAGCGUCUCUUAUGGAAGUGAGUAAUGUCAAUGGAAGAUGGUGCUUAAAGUCUGGGACUAAUCAGCUGUUGAGUUACAAGGGCCUUUUAUUGUCCAGUGAUUCAGGCACAGGAAGUAUUUUAGAACCACUUUCAGCGGUUCCUUUGAAUGAUGAGUUGCAAAGAGCUAGAGCAUCAGUGGCAAAGGCUGAGUCAGAUGUGCUUUUGAUGUUAACAGAAAUGAUGAAGGAGGAUCUUGAUGGCAUUGAAAAGCUAUUGAACAAUGCAAUUCAACUAGAUAUGAUAAAUGCUCGGGCAAGCUACAGUCUUUCAUUUGGAGGUUCAUGUCCUGAUUUGUAUUUUCCAGAAGACAUGGAUGGAUUAUUUACUGCUGAAGCAUCAGAGAUGCAAGAUUCAAAAGCCUCACAUCCCACUAAGAGAGAAUGGAUAUUGUACAUGGCUAAAGCUUAUCAUCCUUUAUUGCUUCAGCAGCAUAGACUGAAACUUCAGAAGGCAAAGAAGGAUUUAAAAAAUUCUAAAUUCCAAAAACUCCAAGGGGAUAAUGGCAUGUUGAAUGCAGCACAUCCAGUGCCAGUUGACUUUUUUAUUUCUCAGAAUACAAGAGUCCUGGUUAUAACUGGCCCUAACACUGGCGGAAAAACUAUUUGCUUAAAGACAGUUGGAUUGGCAGCUAUGAUGGCAAAAUCAGGUCUUUAUGUUCUAAGUUCUGAAUCUGUACAACUUCCAUGGUUUGAUUACAUUUUUGCUGAUAUUGGUGAUGAACAGUCCCUGUCCCAAUCUUUAUCUACAUUUUCUGGCCACUUAAAGCAAAUAAGUGACAUUCGGUCUCAGUCUACAAGACGGUCACUAGUGCUCCUGGAUGAAGUUGGCGCUGGAACAAAUCCACUUGAAGGAGCAGCACUAGGGAUGUCACUUCUUGAGUCUUUUGCUGACAGUGGUGCUUUGUUGACAAUAGCUACAACACAUCAUGGUGAACUUAAAUCUCUGAAAUACAGCAAUGGCUCUUUUGAAAAUGCAUGUAUGGAGUUUGAUGAAGUGAAUUUGAAGCCCACUUACAAGAUUCUCUGGGGAAUACCAGGUCGCUCAAAUGCUAUCAGUAUAUCUGAGAAGUUGGGAUUACCAGAAACAGUUAUUGAUAGUGCACGAGAACUAUAUGGUGCUGCUAGUGCCGAGAUAAAUGAGGUCAUAAUUGAUAUGGAAAGAUUCAAGCAAGAUUUCCAAGAGCUUUUGCAUGAGGCACAACAUCAUAUUAGGCUAUCGAGAGAUCUUCAUAAGAAAUUGUUGCUCGCUAGGAGGAAGAUCAUGGAUCACGGUUCUGGACAAAGAUACAGGAUGCUGCAAGAAAUAUCUGAGGUUGCAGCAACAUCUCGGUCUGCUCUUCACAAGAAAGUACGGCAGCGUCGUGCGUAUUUGACAACAAAAUCUUCUCAUCUCCCUUCAACCAAUACACACUUGAGAAGUGAUCAGCACAUUACAGAGGAAAUUAGUGGCUCUACUGUGGUCGGUGAAACUUCAUCUUCCAUUGGAAUUAAAACACAGCCAUCAUCAGCAAAGGUUGAGUGUCCUCAAGUUGGUGAAACAGUGCAAGUUUCAUCUCUAGGAACAAAGGGAACAGUUUUAAGAGUGGAUCAAUCUAAAGGCGAAAUAAUGGUUCAAGCUGGCAAGAUGAAGUUGAAAUUGAAAUUAACGGACGUUAGGACAUGAAUGAUUUGUUUUCGUGUCAUUUGAAGAUAAUUAAUCCAGUAUCUUCACAGCUCAAAGAGUUAUUGAAGGUUUGCAAUCAAUUCAGAGCAGAGCUUGCGACAAGAAAACAUGACAACACUAUCAAUUUCUUGUGGUCUUCACUAUGCUAUGGUCAUAUGGAGAUCUGCCAUCGACAGGCUUUUCAGUUUCAAUGCGGAUGAAGUGCAUAAAUUAGUUCUUUUCGGAUAUGAAUAUCUGAUAGUUGAUGGAGGUAGAGUGAUGAAAUGGAUAUCUCACAUCUGAGAUUACCUACUAGAUAGAUACCGUUACCCGUUUUCAGUAGACAAGUAUCCAACAAGUUUGUACAGGUGAAAGAGGAUUCCGCUCACUGCGGCAACUCGUAUAUGUUACUCAUUUCAGCCGCAUUCUGCGCUAAUUUAACAUAUUCAUUGAGACAGGAUUUUGAUUAGCUGCUAUAUGUUUUACUACAGCUUCAUCAGUAAACCUAGAGAUUUAGUAGUACGUUAUAGAAAUGUGUUUAUACAAGAAACUGGAUUAAUCUUGUGAUAUGAUCAGCAAUCAAUUCGUGCACUUCUUACAAAAUUUAUUGUUUUAUCUUUUAUGUUCACUGGUUUCUUAGCAAUUGAUUUGGAGCCUUGUACGAAUGCUUUAUGUAAAUUACAAUUCCAAAGAUGUUUAUAGAUCCUGAAA